AUUAAAUCUUUUCCGGAGGCAUGAGAGCAUUGUUGAGUCGGUUGUUGGAUUCGGUUUCGUAGAAUAAUUUGAUGAAACUCAUGACUUUGGCGUAAUCGUUCAUAUUUUCUUCACCGUCGGCGUUGCGCUCUAGCCUAAAGGUGAUGCAAGUAUCGAUGGAACAGAGGACAAUUAUGUGUAAUUCACGUGUAAUAUCGUAUUGCGUGAUUGUCGGUAGAGUUCCCAUUAAUGCGAGCGGGGAAGCGGGAAAUGACGGUAGCUUGUAGUAGGCAUUCUCGUCUUCAAUGUUGGUGGUGCUGCUGGUGCUGUUUACUUUAGUAGAUUCGUCGCCGAAAAUUAUGGAAAGUGUUGAGGAAGGACCAAGGAGACGACGAUGCAUUAUUUGCUUGGUUGGCGGCAUAUUUGUUGUUAUUGUUGUUGCGCUCGCGGCGAGCCCGAAUGCGCGAUCCGUUGUCGAUUAACGAAGUGCUACUCUUUAUGAUGGGAAGCAAUUCAUUAACGGGAACUCUAUCAGAAAUUGAACUGUACCAAUCGUCGUGCUCGUCGUCUGGAGUGCCGUUGGGAUCGCGAUAGAUUAUGGAGUAUAACGAUACGUAAGGACCGAUGUUGGUUGCCAGUCGAUAGUAGACGUUGUUGGAAUUGGCCAUUGUUUUUUUUUAGGGGCUUUUGGAUGCAAAGAUUACUUUUGCGUCUUUGUUUGUUGCUUCAAUCGCUGCGGGGCGACUUUGUAGCUGCCGAAGCUACGGCUGCGAGUGCGGCUGGAGUGGCGACUGCUGUGGCGGUGAGAAUUUCACCUUGUACGUAGCGUUGCUUGUAGAGCGGUUCGGUCGGGUGUAGACGAAAGGCUGACUGGGACGGUUCGUAGGUGAGAGAGUAGAUGUUAUUGCUGGCUUCUCGAAAGCGCAUAGAUUGAGGAGCGCCUACGGACGGAGUGGUCGUAUCGAUACCGACUUGCACUGCAGCAGCCGAUGAAGGAAUGGUCGAGUACAGGAGAUUGCCCGUGAGUGGAACGGGGUCGAUAGGUAGGAUUUUGGCUUGUCCUAUUAAAUACCCUACGGCAAUAGAAAUGAUAUCUCUGUUAUUUUCGGUUAUAAUUUCUGAGGGUGGAUCCGGUUGUAGACUGAGUGCUUUGAUGAAGUUGUCUACCGUUUCUAGCGAGUGUAGCAUUAGCGUGAGGCGUGCGUGGAGAUGGGGAGUAUCGAGGACCGUUUGUUUAAUUGCGGCAAAUUGCGGCACCAUGUCGUCGACGUAAUUUUGGCCAAUUUUUGGCGUCUCUUGCUUCUUGAAUGCUUUAAUGAGGGCAUUGACUACUUGCUUGUUGGAAUCGGACGCGAGACAAAGCGUGUAGCCCAAUCGAGCGAGACAGAGUUUGGUAUCGGGUGCAACAGCUAGCUUGGUGGCGACUGUGGUUGCUAUGGUAGCAUAAUCUUCGAUCGGUUGGAAUGUUAAUGUAGCUUGAUCUAGAUUAUGGUCUUGCAAAGUGUUAAUGUUGAGUUUGUGAACGAGGCAAGUGAGGGCUAGGGCUUCUCGAAAGAUUGUUUCUCCGUAGGCCAGGCGCAAUGCAUUAGUGUUUUCCAACCAUCGUUUGCGCGAUAAGAAGAACGAUGGAUCCUUUUUGAGAGUGAACGCGAGCUCGCAAUAAAAGGGUAAUUGGGGGCGCCAAAGCGGACAGGAGCCUCCGCGAAAACGGAAAACGGUGUCGUAUUUGCUGUCUACCUGUCUCGACGCUGGCGGUUGUAUGGGCCGAGGAAACCAGUGACCUAGACCCGCUUGAACGGCUUCGAGAUCUAGCGUGCAAUUUGUGUGGCGAUUAAUUGCGGCAAGUUUCUCCACCUUAUGACUUUGGAGACAUUGCAAAGGACAUUUUGACCUCUUCGAAUACACUCCGUAACGAAAUACACGAUAUACCACCGUCGCCUGAGCCAAAGACUGAUAUCACUAGACGACGGCAACCACUGCUACAUUACUCGUGUAUGCAACGAUAUUAGUGUUAAAUUAAAUAAUGAGCUACACAAUGUUAUUCCAUGCAAUACAUGCAAAAAAUGACAACACAAACAAAAAAAAGAUGACUAAACAUUUUUUAUUUCUUGACUUCAUUGUUAUUGUUUGCGUCUUUUUGCGCAGCCCAAACUGCUGCCGUUGCUGUAUUGAUGAUAGAGUAGUAACGAUUCUUUAUUGUUCGGAUCUGUAGGUCGCUUCCAAUGCACGGUAGCCUCGUCGACUUGAUCAAAAAUGCGGUACGCUAAAUACUCCAAGAAUAUCUUUGGUUGAGGCUUGAGUAGAAACAAAGGCACGUGAAUUGUAUCCCAUCUGUAAAACAUGUAUUUUUUGCCAGUGGGAAAGCGCUUCCAAAAUACGAUAUAUGCCACGUUGUUGGUAUUGGCUGGUUCCAUCUCUUGAUGCGUACGCAUAUCAACGACCUUUCCUGGUGUUUGCACGUAAUGCAUUGCAUAUGCUAUAAAUUCUUCAUCAUCGUCGUCAUCGUCCUCCUCCAUGUGCUCACCAACUCCCUCUCUUCCUCGCGAAUAGUAUAAAGGCUUAAACGUAAUAUUAUUAUUAUGUUUAGCACUAAACAUAUCCUUCAAAUGAUGUGUCAAUUGAUAAUACAAGUACUCCAUUUCUUGUUUGGUAAAACAUUUACUCUCCCCAUCUUCGAUGGGUACUAUGCGGGGUUCAUCGUUUACAAUUGCAAAUUCAACAUGCUUACUUUGUUGACUAUAUGGCACGUAAUUAGGUACUUCGGUGAACAAGCGAAAUCGUGCAUAAUUUUGCAUCGUACCCAUUCCAUGCGGCACGGCUGGAUUGACGUUAAUCUGCACUAUAUUUGAUUUUCGGCAGAACCGCCGUUUCAUAAGGUCAUUAAUGGUGCGUUGCAUAAAUGCUUUACGGUAGUGAAAUGUGCCGUUAUAUUCAACCAUAACUUUGAGUUCGGGACAGUACACGUCGGCCCGAUAAGGCGUCUCAUCCUUAUUGGAUGGAUUCCUAAAGCCGGGUAACGUCUGUUCCCUCAGCCAAGUGGUUGCAGACGGAUCAAAAACUGCCGAAAAUGCUUGCUUGACUGUUUCGUUGAUUCCAUUGUUAAGCGUGACAUUAGGUUACGUAAACUUUUUUCGUUUACGUCGAACGUCUUCUUCGUCAGCACCUUCUACUUCGCCGUUAACCGGAGUCAUGAGAAUGCAACCGUAAGUUUGUUUGAGUUUUACGGUAACUUCUUUUUCUUCUUCAAUAACGUUGCUAUUGAUGUUGAACAUAAAGCCAUCGAGCACUACUAUUUCGCCAUCGUCGUAUCUCAGUGUAGGUCGAAACCCGUCGUCGCAUUUUUCGAGAUGUAUUUUCAUCACGCAUUCAUUGCGAUACACUCGAUAACGAAUGUUGGUCAUGUUGCGUAUGCUCUUUGUCACGACCAAAGUCCAUCGCUUCGAUGAAGUUGAUGUUGGUGUAUUAAUAAGUUGUUGUAAAAUGAGAUUGCGUGCACCAGGAUGCGUCUGCGACAUAACAAUGCCAUUGUAGAUCCACACGUCGAGCGGAAUCAAUUCCCUUGACUUAUUGUUGGCGAGCGUUCCGAUGCCAGCAAUAAUAGCUGUUUCGCCGUCUUCCAAAGUAAUCGAACGAUUCACUCGGUGCUUGAUUUUACCAAAUGCUUUAAUGUUAUCGCGACGUUCGAUCUUGGUAUUGUCAUCGCUGUAGUAUGGCCAUAUAGUCAAAACGGUAGGUUCGCUUUCUGCCCAACACCAGACCACAGGAGUUGCGUCGACGUCGGUAACGUUGGGUGGUAGGGUAAUGAUGUACCAGUCUUGUUUCUCUUCGAUUUGUAAACCGCGUUCUGUCUCCACCAACGUGACUAGGCAACCCUUUUUGCCAUCGUCAUGCUUUUUGGCGCUUAACAAUUGCGUAAAUCGGUGUCCACCGAUCGACUCCAAAAAAAGCAUUAAUCGUCGUUGCUGCGUCGGUUGCCAUACUUUAAUAUAUAAAAAAUUCUUUUAAAUAAUCAUAGUUCCAAUUUGCUAUGGUUAAAUUGGUUGUACAUAAUAACGAUCGUAAAAAAAGGAGAAAUUGUUUUUUUUAUUUACGUGAUGGUAAUAAGCGUAUUUUACGUGGUGUAUCGCUAUCAACAACUUUUGUGGGCUGGCGUUGUUUUCUUCUCCUCCGUCAUGUGUACAUCUGUUUCACCAAUAAUAUCUUCGUCCAUCGUUUCAUCGUCUUUUUGCAAUGAUGAAGGUGGUAGUCUUUGUUUCGUCUCAUCAUCACGUCUCUUUUUCGGUCGCUUUUUCUCUCUGACCACCAGUGUUACUGAUGUUGACGUUUCAGCAACGUCUACCGCGGAUAUUGUUUCAGACGUCGAUGUCGGCGCUGCUGCCGUAGUUUCAGACGUCGUCGGUGACUCGUCAUCGUCUCUCUCAUCACUACCGCGUUUCUUAGGACCUUUUUCAACUACUGCUGACGGAACAUCUGAGGUUCUUGGUGAUUGCGCAGCAGACAAAACAUCUGAGUAUGAUGACGCUGCAGACGAAACAUCUGAGAGUGAUGGUGAUGGCGCAGCAGACGAAACAUCUGAGGAUGAUGGUAUUUCAACUUGAGUGCCCUUCUUCCUCGUCGUUGUAGCUUCUUUUUCCUCAGCGUGCGCAUGCGACUCGUCGUCGUCUUUGUCAUCACUACCACUACGUCCACGUUUCUUAGCACCUUUCGCGACUACGGAUCGUGCCAUUGUGUGUUGUUGUUGUUGUCCUGAUCCAUUACCUCCAACACUUCCAUCAAUAUUGGUAAUUAAUUUAAUUUGUUGCCAAAUUUGACGUAAAUUAAUACACGCACCUUUAUCUUCAGUAUCUAUUUCGGAACUAAUGUCUUCGUUACUAACUUUAGGUAACACUUGAAACAAAUUUGAUAAUACAAUAUACGCUAAGUUCUCGUGCUUAUAGUUUAUAAUAAUUUUGUUAGUUUCCUGUAAUGAUAAUACAUGUGUAUAUAAGUGCUUUAGUAAUAGAUAUAGUUUGUGGACAAGAAAUAUAGUGCUAAUAGAGCCAGUCAUAUCGUGUUCGUUUACGAAUGUAUAAGAAAAAUCUAUUUGUACAUCUUUACUAAUGUCCAUGAGGUACGCAAUAGUGUGCGAUAACGCAACAUUGUAGUGUUGUAUAGCUAUACUACUGUAAGCAUUCAACGUUAUAUUCAUGUGUUCUUUCAACUGUGUAAUUUGCUGAAUCCACCAUGUGUUUGAUAGCUGUAUAUAUUCUUCCUGGCUAUAUAAGAAUACGAAAAAGAGAUUAUAUUUCGUGAUACAUAGCAUCCUCUUCUGCAAAUCCGUUGACAAAGGCCGGGUGCCACUUUCCACUUCAUUUGUCCCCCUGCGUUCCAAAACACACCGAAACACAUUAGUUGUAAACAUAUUUAAUAACGUUACUAAUUCAGGAUUAACAGUAUCUGUUAAUAAAGACUUUAUGUUGUCCGCAAACCAUACAGAGCCUAAUACGAAUAUCCAUCCAGGAUAGAAAUGAAAUUUUGGCGAUAUUGUUCUAGAAUACCACACAUUAUGCCAGUCGUUCAAAUCCCUCUCCUGCUUGUCGAUAAACGUUCCUUUCCACUGAGUCCACAAAAUCUCAAAGACGUCAUUUACUGAUGCUGUAACGCCUUUGCAGUAAAUGUCAAUCAAGUGUAUUAGCUGUGUAUCUGUGGGAAGCUUAAGAAAUUCGUCCUCAAAUUGUUUGUAAUGAGGUUUCAAAACAUUGUAUAAAUACUCUUGAACGUGUUCAUUCUCAUUUUUGAAUAAAUUGAUAUUAGGGGUACCAAUCCGCCCGUAUGUAGCGAUGAAAUCUAUUUGCUUCUGUAUAGUUGACGCGUCUUCUGCGAAACUUAUAAUAUCCUGUAGCUCUAUGUCGCUGACGGUGGAAGGUAUAGAUGAAGAAGUAGAAGGUGUCGAUGGUAUAUCUGUGUCUUCAGACACAUCACGUUUCUCUAGUGGUGGUGGUGAUGGUGCUUCUGAUAGCUGUGUCUGUCUGUUAACAAGGGCGGCACGUUUCUUUCCUCCUUCUGGCGGUGGUGGUGCACGAUUCUCUCCCUCUAGUGGUGGUGGCGAUAGUUGUGUCGGUGGUAGUGCAACUGCAACAACAUCACGUUUCUCUCCCUCUGGCGGUGGUGACGAUAGUUGUGUCGGUGGUAGUGCAACUGCAACAACAUCACGUUUCUCUCCCUCUGGCGGUGGUGACGAUAGUUGUGUCGGUGGUAGUGCAACUGCAACAACAUCACGUUUCUCUCCCUCUGGCGGUGGUGACGAUAGUUGUGUCGGUGGUAGUGCAACUGCAACAACAUCACGUUUCUCUCCCUCUGGCGGUGGUGGCGAUAGUUGUGUCGGUGGUAGUGCAACUGCAACAACAUCACGUUUCUCUCCCUCUGGCGGUGGUGACGAUAGUUGUGUCGGUGGUAGUGCAACUGCAACAACAUCACGUUUCUCUCCCUCUGGCGGUGGUGACGAUAGUUGUGUCGGUGGUAGUGCAACUGCAACAACAUCACGUUUCUCUCCCUCUGGCGGUGGUGACGAUAGUUGUGUCGGUGGUAGUGCAACUGCAACAACAUCACGUUUCUCUCCCUCUGGCGGUGGUGGCGAUAGUUGUGUCGGUGGUAGUGCAACUGCAACAACAUCACGUUUCUCUCCCUCUGGCUGUGGUGGUACCUGCUGCAGGUCUUGCGUUCCAAUUCGGUGGACUCGGAUAGCCACGGUUUGCCGUCGACUGAACUACCGAGCUUCAAUAACGAAGAGCAGUCUCGAAUAAUCCAUCGCGUCUCGACUGGCAAUAAACGAUCGGCACGUUUGUCGAUGUUUCUCACUGA